GAAACCGCUAAUCUGGCUUAAGGUUUUUAUUGCUUACACCUAACAAUUUCUUUGAGAUCUGCGAUACAGAUAAAACAGGGGUUAACUGGGGGUUAAUGCCGUCAUCACUGAGCGCCCAAAAUAAAAAUAAGCGACGUCAAUUCCCCGCGACAGUCUUCUGGUUUUCUCUUGGCAUCGUGAUGGAAGUGUGUGGAUCAUCGAGUCCUACUUUGAGGGAGUUUGGCUGCGAACAGAAUUUACUAUCACGACCUGAUGGAUCGUCGUCCUUCGUCCAAGGAGACACCAGUGUGUUAGCUGGAGUGUAUGGCCCGGCCGAGGUGAAGGUCAGUAAGGAGAUCUAUGACAGAGCUACCCUGGAGGUGGUGAUGCAGCCCAAAGUGGGACUACCAACUGUCAGAGAGCGAGCCAGAGAACAGUGUGUGAGGGAAACAUGCAAAGCAUCUCUUCUCUCCACCCUUCAUCCACGCUCCUCCCUCACUCUCGUCCUCCAAGUGGUCCAUGAUGACGGUUCACUGUUGUCCUGCUUUCUGAACUCAGCCUGUAUGGCCCUGAUGGACGCCGGCCUGCCUAUGAGCUGUCUCUUCGCUGGGGUCACCUGUGCCAUCGAUACAGAUGGCCAGGUUAUUACCGACCCCAACGCAGCACAGGAGAAGGAAAGUCGAGCUUUGAUGACCUUCGCUAUUGACAGUACCGAGCGCAGAGUGAUGAUGUCAUCCACCAGAGGAUCUUUUACAGUUCAUGAGCUGCAGCAGUGCAUAGCUGUCAGUCAGAAAGCAUCAGACAAGAUUUUCCAGUUCUACAGAGAUUCUGUCAGACGAAGAUAUUCCAAGACGCUCUGAUUAUCCAAGACGCUCUGAUUAUCCAAGACGCUCUGAUUAUCCAAGACGCUCUGAUUAUCCUUUUUUGUUGCAUCUUUUGUUUUAAAAAAAUAAAUAAUUUACAGACCAAA